AUGCCACCGCACGCAACCAAGGAUCUCGUCGCCGCGCCUGCUACAGCAGCCACGGCGGCGGCGCAGCCGUCGCGGUCCCUGGCCGACGCGCUGGCGGCGGCGCGCCCGUUCCUGCGGGGCGAAGAGGCGGACGUUGACCCGGCGCUGCCGGGCCUCGCCGCCGUGCUGCGCGCUGCGGGCGCCGGCGAGUGCUGGCACAAGCACGGCACGUUCCUGGCGCACCUCCUGGACGUGCACCGGAUCCUCUCCGCUCCCGACACCGGCCGCGCCCACGUCGCCGCCGUCGUCGGCGCGGACGCCGAGCGCCUCGUCCACCUCUUCUGCGUCGUCCCCAGGCAGCAGCUCGUCCACGACGACCUGCUCUUCCACUACUCGGACCAGGACCUCGUCGACGACCUCGCCAGCUCCGAGGCAUCCCUCCGGGAAGCCCGGCGCGGGGUGUUCGACGACGCCCAGCCGUGGCGGCGCAAGAUCCAGCGCCUCCUCCCGCCCGACGGCAUCACGGUCAAGCACAUCAGGACAGGGGAGGAUGUGGCACUUGCCAGGCGCAUAGCAGCAACGUUCCUCCUCAUGACCAUAGCAGACUUCAGCGACCAGCUCUACGACUGGCAGGACCGGCUCUUCGAUAACACCAACGGCCGCCUCGAGUUCAGUGGCAACACCUGGACCUCCCUCUGGCCUGGCACCGGCAAGCCCGGCCUCUGGGUCACCUCUAGCUCCCGCAUGGGCGCACUCUACACCCUCAUCAUCCGCGAGGAGGAGAUAUACAUCACGCAACGAGCACAUGCCAUCGGCCAACAAGGAAGCAAUGGCUCUGCUGGACGAGAUGAGGACAUCGACCUGGUGAUCCCCCCGGUGUUCAACGGCUGCACCGAAGUGCUCAACGCUGAUGACCAGAAGGUGGCACGAGACCUCUACUGGGAGGCAGUAUGCCGCGGCGACGAGGCAUCAGACUGGCUCAAAGUGGAGGAGCUCCUUCAGCAGAGCAUUGCCAAGAACCCGUUUGUAGGAGAACCACACCUGGUGCUUGCACAGGUGUACCUUAACAUGGAGAGGUAUGGCGAUGCACAGAUGCAGGCUGAGGAAGGUCUCAAGCUUUUGCUGGAGUGGGGCAGCAGCUGGGACAAGAGAAUGCCAUGGGAGGGGUGGGUGUCUUGGGGCAGGGCGAUGCUGACCAAGGCCAGCGAGAAGGAUUGGCCUCAUACCUCAUUCGGCAUUCUCAGCCUAGGGCUUGUCAAAUGA